GUGUUUUUGUGUGGUGAGCAACAGUGUACCAAAAACAAGUCUGCCGGGAUCUAUCUGACGACGGUUACACAGUACUGAUUUAGGUGUUUAUGAGCUUGCCAUAGGUAUCGGUUCAUUACGGGUUUGUUUGAUCGUUUUUACUGGGAGCGUAACCUUUUCUGUUUGGCUGUAAGUAGAUUCACACGCACAAGCGUUGCUCUGGCACAAACGUUUUACACUUUCUUGGACAUUGUCUUAUCUUUGUGCCUGGCGAUGCCCCCAAAGAGCUCCGAUUUUCCACAUUAACUUCCUGCAGCAAGUUCCCACAUCUGCUGUACACAGAAAUACGACUCGCUGUAGAUGUACACGUUUUUAACAAAGAAGAUGGUCGACCUAGAUCUUGGGGAGCAGUUGUCACAUGCUGUGCAGCAGAGCAAUGUUUCUGCUGCAGCUGCCACUCAUCCCGACUCAAAGGACUCUCCUACUUUCACUAAUGGAUUGAUCCCGGGUUCCAUUGCAGCUGCAUUGUUCAUUGCCUUUUUGCUUGGACUGUAUGCUAUUCUGUGGAAGUGUAUGGUGUCACCGCCACAACGAAAACACAACAAGUUGAGGGUAAGAGUACAUCAGAGAGCUUCUAUGUGAAGACAUGGAAGAUAUCUGGCAGCUGUUCUGUUGGUUAUCUUGGAUUUUAAAUGUCAUGGACUAAAGACUCAGAGCAGAUUUGAUCUCUGAAGAAAUCUUCAAAUAGAUUCAACACUAACAAAAGAAAAACCCCAACACUGGCUAAACUAAAUGGAUGAGCCACAUGUGCCUCCUCAGCUUUACAGUCUGCUGGUGGAUUCUGUUUACUCAAAGAGUCAUGGUGACGUUAAACACUGUUUUGGCAGGUCAGUCUGCUUUUUCUGUUUUCUGUGAAUUAUACACUACUGAGGGAGGCUACAACUUGCUCCAGUGACUAAUGAGCUGCAUGUAAAUGACUCUAAGACAGAGACAAUAUAGUAUUUUUUUUAGUAUAUGUAGCUAUUUUAGCUUUUUUCUCAACUGUACCAAAUGAUCUUUAUAUUUUAAGCAUGUAUUCUUAUUUCGUUUUAGCAUUUCUUUAUAAUAUUUUGGAUUUGAUUAUCAGAUCAGAGUAGCAUCCACCAUUUUAUCCUGUUCUGUCACCUAGUGGUGCCUCAGACAAGCCUAUGUGCACAAUUGCUCCUCAGGAUUUUGUAACUACUGAAUGAGUCUAUAAUAAAAGUCUUUUUUACAUUUA